AUGAGUUCCUUUCUGCACGCUCUCUCAUCCCAUGUGAAAAGAGCCCGCGCUUCCAGUCUGAGGAAGCAGGCAGACCCCAAUGCCAAUGCCAAUGCCAACCCCAACGCCAACGCCAAUGAUGCCGACAAUACGCGCAAGCGUGCCUCCACCUUAAGGCACAGGGUGUUUCCGUCUUCUUCCUCGCUCGUCGCGAAAUUCAACAACCCCAACCCGACCCCCAUCCCGCCAAUCUCAACCUCCACCUCCUCCCCCUGGGACCUCCUCCCCGUCGAGCUCCAAAUCACAAUCUUCGCCAACUGCGGCGUCACGGACUUCUCCUCCCUCAAGCUCGUCUGCAAGGCCUUCAACGAGGUCCUCAGCACCCACGAGCACCCCAUCGCCCGCCGGUACCUGCGCCAGCGGCGGCACGGAACGCUCCCGUCCCCGAUCGACACGCAGCGCACGUAUACCUGGAAGCCCGAGGACGAUGUCGUGCUGCUCUCCGAUUUGUUCCCGCCGACCAUGAGCGCGAAGGGCGGGUUCCUCUAUACGUUUCGGUAUCUGCAUAGUCUGCGCCGACGGCAGAAGCUUUGCUCGAGACUGUGCUAUUACCUCGCGGAUCGGAUUGUCAAUAAGUUUGUGGCGUGUGAGUCGGGUUAUGUGAAGGCUACUUUUGCGUCCAAGGCGGACCGCGCGGCGUUUAUGAGGAGGGCCAUGGGGAAAUUGUGGUCUUAUCUUUCGCCGCUUAUGUAUUAUACGCUGUAUUUCCUCGAAUCGUAUGCUGAUGCGAGACGCGAACAGACUAAUGUUCUUCUGAAAGACUUUGAGGCCGGCCGAUUGCCCGUGCCUAUACCGCCGGAUAUCCGCAAGAGGAUGUAUCAAGAAUUGCAGAGGAAGAUUAUGCAAGCGCCACCGUUUACGGAUACGCCUACGCUCAUAUCUACGCAUCAUUGCUUGCGACUGCUCGUCUCCUGGCUACGGGACACUGUGCCUCCCGAUGAGCAGGAGGUAUCCGACGAUAGCUGGAUUGGGUCGUUGCUGACAGUAUCACCGUUCCAACGGCUGGUGGAAUACUUCUCAGCCGAAAUCGGAGACGGCGGAAACCAGCGGAUGCAGCGGAAGGACUUUAUGUACAAUUUUCACAGGGAUAUUUCAAUGACUGAGAACGAUGAGAUGAACUCGCGGGUGUUUGAAAGCGCACCUAACGUUCACCUACAUCGCUCAGUCCAGGAUGUCUGGUUUGAUGUUGCGACUGCGGAGAUUGCGAGGCGAAGAGCCGGCAACCAUCGAAAGGAGAAGGUCAUGCUUAAUGACCGAGUGCCCUUCUUAUUUGGUUGUCCCGGUUGCAAGCCAGGUGCGGCUGAUGGGUGGUAUACUCCUCAAAGACUUCAAUAA